AUGCAGGCAGAACGCGGCACUAUCUACAGCGAAGACGGCGAUAUGCUUAGUACUUCUGUACCUUUUUUUGAUAUCUAUAUUGAUUUUGGUGCAGACGGUUUGCGCGAAAAAAAGGGCAUUCGCUUUACUACCUAUGUUGAUUCAUUGAGCAUAGCAUUGGCAGGAUUUUUUAAAGACAAAAAAGCAGCUGCCUAUAAAAAAGAAUUACAGGCUGGUUACCGCGCAAAGAACAGGUAUUAUGAACUAAGGAAGAAUCUGACUUUUGAGGAAUACAAAACACUGCGCACAUUUCCAUUGGUAAACCAGGGUCGUAACAAGAGUGGAUUUAUCGCCGAAGUAAAAAAUAAAAGACUCAAUCCCUUUGGCUUGCUGGCCAACCGUACCAUCGGUUUGUCGAGAGACUAUAUCAACCCUGAUGGAAAAGUAGUGAGCCAGAAUGUAGGGCUGGAAAGAACUUAUGAUACAUUAUUGAAGGGAGAUAAAGGGCAGCGGCUGGUAAGAUUCAUCAGUGGCGGGGCAUUCAUUCCGGUAGAAGGUUCUGAGAUAGAGCCACAAAACGGUAAAGAUAUCAUCACCACCAUCGAUGUAAACACACAGGACAUUGCAGAGAACGCGCUGAUGAAAAUGAUGAUAGAUAACGAGGCUGACCAUGGUACCUGUAUUGUUAUGGAAACAGCCACCGGCAAAAUAAAAGCCCUGGCCAACCUGGGCAGAAGGCCGGAUGGCGGCUAUUGGGAAGAUUACAAUUAUGCAUUGCGUGCCACAGAGCCGGGGUCUACCAUGAAACUGGCUACCCUGCUGUCUGUUUUGAGCGAAGGAAAAGCCACCAUCAAUGAUCCGGUACAGGUAGGCAGUACCGGUAGCGAUUACGUAGGGGUGAGAACGGUUACCGAUGCAGAAGCACAACCAAAAUCAGUAGAAACCAUCAAAGAAUGCUUUGCCCAUAGUUCCAACGUAGGCAUGAGCAGGAUAGCCUAUAAUACCUUUGCGGCGCAACCCGACAAAUUUUUGAGUUACCUGCAUAAGUACCACUUUGACACACGUUCCGGUAUUGACCUGGUGGGAGAAGAGCGGCCGGUAUUGCCGGCUAUCAAGCGCAACCGGGGCGGAUUAAUGGAUAUGGUUACCAUGAGUUUUGGAUACGCUAUUGAAGUAACGCCGUUGCAGACACUGAUGCUUUACAAUGCUAUUGCCAAUAACGGCAAAAUGAUGAAGCCUUACCUGGUAAACCGCAUUGAAGACAACGGCCGUGUGGUGAAGAGCUUUGAACCGGAAGUUGUAGAAGAGAAAAUUGCAGAAGAAGGUGUGAUAAAAGCAGCGCAGCAGUGCAUGCGUGCCGUAACACUGGAAGGAACAGGCAGGAUUGUUUUUAAAGAUGCAGUGUACAGUUCCGGUGGUAAAACAGGUACGGCACACGUGGCAGGUAAGGGUGUUAGUUAUGAUGACGGGGUUUACCAGGCUUCUUAUGUAGGCUAUUUCCCGUUUGAAAAGCCGCAGUACAGCUGCAUCGUGGUCAUCAGAACAAAACCGCAUCCCAAAGUACAUAUGGGCGGACAGGUAUCGGCGCCGGUGUUUAAAGAAGUUGCAGACAAGCUGUUUGCAGUAAAAAAUACCAGUCCGGCGCUGACCGCCGCAGGAUUGAAAAAAGACAGCGCUGGAUUUUACUAUGCAGGAGAUACAAAAGAGGUGAAGCAGGUAUUGAAUGCACUGUCCAUAGCCUAUGUUGAUUCCUCAGGUAGCCAGGGUUGGAGCAGUAUGUACAGCAGCAAUAAUACAGCUGUAGUACAUACCAGGUAUGUAGCAAAGAAUACCAUGCCCAAUGUAAAAGGAAUGGGAUUAAAAGAUGCUUUGUACCUGCUGGAAACCAUGAAUAUGAAAGUAAUGGCAAAAGGCAGCGGACGGGUAGCUGUGCAAAGUGUUGAGCCCGGGGCGGCAGUUAAUAAAAAUCAAUUAAUAAAAAUAGAACUGAAUUAG